CAUCUCCAUGUGUAAAACAGAACUUCAGACUCAGGCACUUCUUGGCAGACAAAACCAAAUGGCUGCCGAACCAGAGGCUGUGCCAUGCCAGGCUGGGACUGGGGCUGAGGCUCAGGCUCCUGUACAACCAACAACUGUGCUAGAGUGUGAGGCCAUGGCAGCAGUCGUGACCCCUACUCACACCUGUGCAGUGUGAUAAGAAAGUAGAACUAGCCAGCAGCUGUGGUCCAACCAGAUAAAACUUUUAGGCGGGAAGUCAAGUGACAAGUGAACUUGUAUGUAUAUGCGUGUGUUUUUUUAAGCUGUUGAUUGCUUUUGAUAUUUUUUUAAAAGGCAGCUUGAGGAAGUCAGACCAAAUAAGCAGGACGGUAUUGCAGAAAGAUGGAUUUGGGAAAGAACCCAUCUCAUUUGAUGCCCCGUGAGCCAUCUGACCUUGAUCAAGAAAAGAACCACGUUCCAGAUGUCAUUGGAACUUGGAAUUUGCGAAACAGAGAGCAACUCAGAAAAAGAAAAGCUGAAGCACAAGAAAAGCAAACUUCACAAUGGCAUUUUGGAGAGAAAAAACACAAGCGGCAGAGAACAGGAAAAGGAAAUCAAAGAGGCAGAAAGAGACAACACAAUACAGAACUGAAGGUGGAGCCCCAGCCACAGUUAGAAAAGGAAAUGACGGAGAAAACCCUGGCACCUGCGGAGAAAGAAAAUGAAUUACCUGGGAGUGUAACUGAAGCCCUCUGUCUCGUAGCUUCCCCACCAAGAGUUGUACCUGAGAAAAAAAAUUCUGCAGCAGGUCAAGAAAGCAUGAUAGAUCAGGAAAGUUCUUCUCAGUGCCAAGAAACAAUAGUACAAGACCACCCUUCUGAAGUAGGCCGAGAGAAGGCUGAACCAGGAGACUUUUCUCCUAAAGUGUGCCAAGAAAUAGCUGUAAUUCAAGACCAUUCUUCCAAAAUGUGCCAUGACAUGGCUGAACCUGAAGACCUCUCUCCUAAAAUGUGCCAAGAAAUAGCUGUAAUUCAAGACCAUUCUUCCAAAAUGUGCCAUGACAUGGCUGAACCUGAAGACCUCUCUCCUAAAAUGUGCCAAGAAAUAGCUGUAAUCCAAGACCAUUUGUCCACAAUGUCCCAUGAAAUGGCUGAACCUGAAGACCUCUCUCCUAAAAUGUGCCAAGAAACAUCUGUAGCCAAAGCCCUUCCUUCUAAAACAUAUGAAGACAGAGCUGACCCGGAAGGACACUCUCUCGAAGCAUACCCCAAACCAGAUGUGCCUAAAGGCUACGCUCUUGAAAUACACCCAAAAAAAGCUGAACGCAAGGAAGACACUGCUGAACCAGGUCAAGGAAUAGCUGGGACUGAAAGUUUUUUUCCUAAAACACAAGAAGAAAUAGCUGUGCCUAAAAACCUUCCUACAAAAAUACACCACAAAACAGCCGAACCUGAACACUUUUCUUAUAAAGCAUAUACUAAAGAAAGUGCUGUGCCUACAGCCCUCUCUCAUAAAACAAUCCAAGAAAUACCUGCUCCUGAAGAAUGUCCAUCUGAUCCAUGCAUGCACCAAGAAACACCUGGGCCUGAAGACCUCUCUACUAAGACAUGUAAAAAUAAAGAGUGCUUUCCAGAACCAAACCAAGAAGCAGGUGGGCCCCAAGGCCAGGGUCCUAAAACACACCAAGAAGAUGUUAAGGAUGUUUUUCCUCCAGAACUGGAAGGACAACCCAAAGCCCAAGGACCACAGAUACCAGCAAUUCCAAAUCUUCCUCAAGAGACACAUCCAGAAAAUGACGUCUACAGUUAUGUUUUGUUUUAGCAGUGCUCAGCCAUCACAGUUUUGCAACGCAAUACACAUCUUGUUACGUGUGAUUUCCUCAGUGUUGUAGCAAUCUCUGCAACAUUCAUUAAUAUUUGAGUAGUGUUUUUUUCCAUGUAUAGCCCAUAUCUGAAAGAGAGAACUAAUGUGUUUUUUCAGGCUCAACCACGUUGACAAUAUCCUGCAGUGUAUGUGCACAUGAAUGUAUAUUGGGGGGAGGAGAGUGAUGGGGAGACUCGGAAAUGGGAAAGGGGAGCGAUGAAUAAUAUCACCUGAAUAGCAAACAUUUCUUUGGUUAUUUCUUAUGAGCAGAACAAUUCAUAAGUGUGAACACUUAAACUUUGGAUAAGUAUAUAGUUUUCUCAUCAACUGUGUUCAACUGUUAAUGUCAUAACACCAUCAAAAUUUUAUUCAGGCUUUAGUUGGAUUUCUAGUUAAUUUGAACAAUGCUUAUUCUUGGACUCCUUCAAAGAUAUUUUGGAGUGUUGAAUGUAGUUUACUUGUGUAUUUGAGUUUUGAUUUUCUAGUUUUACUUUUUAUAUAUUGU